GAUGCGCCAAAGACGCACAAGAGGCUGGAAACUGAGCCAAAAAACUAAAAAAAGGCACGGUUUACUCUUUAAAUAGUUCCUGUGACUUAACUUGUUUUUUAUCUUAGUCGUCCAGCUGUAGAGGAGUUGUAGGAAGUGAAACUGUCGGGUUAGAAACUCAUUUAGAGUUCAGCCGCUCGCGUGUCGGACUGGAUCUAAACAUCCAAAGGAGCAGAUGACUGAAGAUGAGUUGGGCAGCUGGUACCCAGUGUGUAGCCAAGAGUGACUACAGGAAAGCCAAAGCUGGAGAGCUGGCCUACAGCAAAGGAGACAUCCUCACUAUCGUGGACUGCAGCACGAGGAAGAGGUAUUACAGAGCCAAACUCAACUCCACCGGAGAGGAGGGACUCAUAAACGCCACCAAUGUGCGAGAAAGAGAGGCUCUACGAGUCGACCCCAGCCUCAGCCUCAUGCCCUGGUUUCACGGGAAGAUCUCCGGCUCGGAGGCGGUGUGCGAGCUUCAGCCGGCCGAGGAUGGCCUGUUUCUGGUGCGGGAGAGCAUCCGCCAUCCCGGUGACUACGUCCUGUGCGUGAGCUUCUCUGGAGAGGUGAUCCAUUACCGAGUGAUUUACCAGGAUAACAAGCUGACCAUCGACAACAAGCAGUAUUUCUACAACCUGAUUGAUAUGAUAGAGUUUUACUCAAAAUACAAAGACUCCAUCGCUACAACACUGACAAAACCCAAGCAGAAACAAGGAACCAAGUCAGCUGAGCUGGAAUUAUCCAAAAUGGGAUGGCUGCUUGACAUAACAAAGCUUCACCUGGGGGGAAUCAUUGGAGAAGGGGAGUUUGGAGCUGUUUACGAGGGCGAGUACGUGGGCCAGAGGGUGGCGGUGAAGACCAUCAAGUGUGAUGUGACCGCUCAGGCUUUCCUGCAGGAGACGGCCGUCAUGACGAAGCUGCAGCACAAAAACUUGGUGAGGUUGUUGGGUGUCAUCCUUAAUAAGGGACUGCAUAUUGUCACAGAACUCAUGACAAAGGGAAACCUGGUGAACUUCCUGAGGACGAGAGGCCGUUCAGUCGUGAAUUCUGUUCAGCUGCUCAGGUUUUCUCUGGACGUGUGUGAAGGGAUGGAGUACCUGGAGUCAAAGAAGCUGGUCCACAGAGACCUGGCGGCUCGUAAUAUUCUGGUGUCGGACGAUAACUCUGCCAAGGUCAGCGACUUUGGACUGACCAAGGUGGCCUCCAAGGAAAGGGACAAAACCAAACUGCCCAUCAAGUGGACGGCGCCUGAAGCCCUGACCAAAGAGAAAUUCUCCACUAAAUCAGAUGUUUGGAGUUACGGAGUUCUCCUUUGGGAGAUCUUCUCGUACGGUCGCCAGCCUUACCCUAAAAUGUCUCUCAAGGACGUCCAGGCGAAGGUAGAGGGGGGGUACCGCAUGGAGGCUCCCGAGGACUGUCCCCCCAACGUCUACUCCCUCAUGAGGCUCUGCUGGGAGCAGGAGCCCCGCAAAAGACCCGGCUUCCCCAAACUGAAGGAAAAGCUGGAAAGGGAAAUGGGUAAACUGAGCCCGGGACUUGCAGCAAAGAGUCCAGAAAAGCUCAAGUCUUGAUCUGGGGCCUGUAAUCCGCAGGUGUUCUCAGGUGUCGUCACUUCCGGAAGCAAAGGUCUUGUGGGUUUAAGUCACAAAAACUUAUUUUUUUGUUGCACAUAUGUUUGAUUUGAUCAUUUUUGGAUGGAAAACCACAAAAAUCACAAUAUGAGGGUACAAAAGGCAGUUUGCUGAAAUGUACAUGCAGAACGGCACGGUUCUGACUCCCCACGCCGUGACUGAAGGGCCUGUGAGCAAACGCAGACCACACGCCCACCAUGGUGCCGUGUGCACACAGGUUAGAGCGCAAGACGUUUCCUGUACACACAAGUCCUUUCUUGUGUGCAUUUGCUUUCUUCCAUGUCUUUGUUUACAUAAGUGGAAACUUCAAAUGUCAAACUUUGAUGUUCAUUCUUGCUCUGAGUGAAUUAUCUUUUGUUUUUCACUCAGUUGUAAAUAGGAGCAACAAUCUCAGGUAUCUCUGAUUAUUUCUAUUUGGCUGAUAAGUUGGUAAAAAAGGACCAAACGCUGGUAUUUAUAAUCAACGCUCUGUGUGUUUGAUUUUUUUUUUUUUUUUUUUAACUUAUACAGUGCCAAGUGUAAACAGAAAUUAAUUGGAAAAACCUUUUGAAAGACGAAAGUGUUAUUUAUUUUUAGAUAAAACCGUAGCAUCCUUGUGCACAAGGCAACAAGUCGAGCACUUUUAUGCACCUGGAAACAUUUUUCUUUUAAUUUAUAUUUGAUAAAAAUGAAACUCUUCCACAUGUGUCAAAGUCGAGGCUCGGGGGCCGGAUCUGGCCCUCCAGAUCAUUUUAUUUUAUUGUUAUUAAUGACCCG